UCACGACCGCCACUUAUUCACGGUUCCUGACAGGACUUUAAAACGCGCCGCCUGCCUUAUUUCACUGGGCACCGCUGGACUACUUCGACCCCUAAAACGAGGCGAAAUAUAGCCGCGUCGAAGAAAAACGAGUUGUUAUUUGCUGUUCAUCGAUAUUUUUUCUGUGAAUUUUCUCGGAAUUCAAGAGCGCGACUCGUUCCAAAAUGCAUCGCCGUGUCUGCGCAUGCGCGAGUGGCGGGACGCUUUCCUCCCCCCUCCUCAGCUUCUCCUGCAAUGUGUGUGAAGGAGGGAAGCGGAGAGGAAAAACACGGUGUUAAAAUGCGCGGAGAAAGUGCGCCGAGGGCGAUGAGAGGAUAACGUCCGCGCUCCUCCGCGAUUCUGGGGGGCUCUUCUCGAAGCAUGUCAGGGACGGCACAUGGGGAGUCGGAGGGAGUCUCCAAAGUUCAGGUGAAACGGCAGAUCAAGACCAUCGUGGAGGAUCUGGAAUGCAUCUUGGGCGACUUGAAGGAUGUGGCCAAAGAACUCAAAGAGGUCGGUGGCUCAGACCUGAGUGCUGAAGGGAAGAGAAAAGGAAAAAAAACAGUUGUGCAUGAGAUAGACUCUCUGACAUCAGACCUACAGCUUGAGGAGGAGAUGGCCGACAGCUCGAAAACAGACACACUGAACAGCAGCUCCAGCAGUACCACCACCACUACCACAGCCUCCAGCAUCGAGAAAAUCAAGAUCUACCCUGAAGACACCUUACUCCGACCUCCGUCCGUUAACCCUGGCGUGCUCACGGUCCUGAAAAGGCCCCAUCCUCCUCUUCCACCUCCACGUCUGACACCACUCAGGGCCGAGGACCACAGCAAGAGCCUGUCCUCAGGGAACCUAGCCAAGGCUAACGGCACGCUCAUGCGGAAUGGUGUCUUCCCCACCAAGCCCAUAAACAUACCCAGCAGAGACUCGGCUUGUGGGCCUAAAAGUGUGAUGGAGAAAGAACUGACACCGAUGCCACUUUUGAGGCACGAAAAAAGCCGGUGUCCCCAGGUGACACGGGAGCGUGUGAGGUUUAACGAAAAGGUCCAAUAUCACGGCUACUGCCCGGACUGCGACCUACAGUACGACAUGAACAACACGGAUAUGCACUUACACACGGAAUUGAUCGACACCAAGCUAAGCCCUGUCCAUCAAUGCUCCUCCUUGGCACCGGCCCACGUCCUGAUGGAAAAUGGCGGCCUGAGCCUCAGUCAUAGCUUUCCCCCUUCGACUCCACCUUUUGUGCCUCAUCACCCGACUCAAAAACCACAGAAAACCAUUCUACGCAAGUCCACCACAACAACUGUUUGAUAUAUAAAUCACCCCUCAAAUGACAUUUUGUAAUCUUUAUAUUUUUUAUUUGAUGUCAUGAGCACUUUCUAAGCCAGUGAAAAUGGAUUACCUGAAGAUUGAUAAAAAAAGAUAAGGACAGGGAAAGAGGAUGAAAGUGACGUCUGGCUUACUUCACCGGAACUCCAAACAGAGUAAGUGAACGGUCCCUUCAUACGGCAGAAGAGACACCAUUCGCAGACAACCUACUGAUCACCUCAAUUUCAUCAUGUGAUGUUCAGCGAGGGCUCACCGCAUCUGACAGAAAGCCCUCAGAACCGCUACCGAAUAAUUUACAGCCAUUGGCCCCAGAGGGGCUUAGACGUAGGAAAAAGUACGACAAAAGUAGGAAUCUUGCCGUAAGAGCCUGCAACUUACGGCUACCAAGCUGAGUCAUCUACAAUUAGAGGCUAUGUUUAAUCAUACUGUACACGGGGGAUGAAAAUGUUUUUUUUCUUUGCGUUCUUGUGGUUCUACCAGAUGGAGUGGCGUACUCUUAGAAUUGCAAAAAAAAAGUCUCUUUGAAAUUCCAGAAAAGAUGUGAUAAAACGAGGCCUAUGACUACUUUCAAAAUAUAUUUUUUCAUCUAUAUUUGUGUGAUUAUUGGCAUUCCGUUUCAUUUCUGUAGCAGAAAUGAUCAAUCCUAGAGCGACCCCAAAAUGCCAUCAUUUACUGUAGCUUAAGUCACUGUUGAAAAGAGUGAUAUAUAAUUGCUGCUAAAACAGUCAAAAUAUGGAAUAGGAUCAACUUUAACAUGAUGCCUACACUGUCUAAUUUAGCUGUUGUCGUUACUAUCAUUAUCCUGAGAAUAGCAAAUUCCUUUCAGCUAUUAGCUUUGUACAACGUGGUUCACCUCUGAAAGAUAUGGAUGAGAUAAAAAUGGGAAUUUAAGUGUCCAAACACAGUAUAUGUUUUAUAAAGAGGAUUUUGAGAUAUAUAAAAGAGCAUAUUUUUGAUAUUUCUUGAGAUGAUUUUAAUGACGAUUGCUUUCCUUUUUCGCUGGACUGUAAUCUCUGCAGGGCAUAUAUUUACAUAAUUUAUUUAUGUAUCAUUAAAAGAUAUAGAAGAUGUCUGGAAAUUUUCUUAUAUUGCGGAGGUGUGCUUACGUGUGGUUGUGUUUAUAAAACCAAAUAAGUUAUUUUAUGUACAUUCCCUGACAAAAGCAUUGGAAUUCUAGUAGGGCCUGCCAUGCAUCAUGGGAAUAUAAACUUAGUGUCCACUUUAUUUGAAACACUUGCCUUGUACUUCCAUUCACAGCUCUGCCCACCUUAUAGGUCCACUAUACAGGUGUAGAAUUCCAGAUUGUAUGCACAGUUUGUCAGCCACCCUCUACCCCAUUCAUCAUUAAUCAAUUUCUGACCACAAGGCCGCUGCUGACCAGAUAUUGCUCGGAUGAUGGACUCUUCUUAACACUGACAUGUUAAUGGCAUGUUUCAGACACGGCAGUGUUGCUAUGGGUUUUUUACAUGCGUUAGUGUCACUCAUAGGUUGAGAGUGGUUUGUUAGCCAAAAAUAUCCACCCAAGAUGAGCUCUGUGUUCAGAAACUGGCCAUUGGUGAAGUGCCAGAGGAUGGCUGAUACACAUCGUGCAACAUAUGGGCUAUAGUCAAGGUCAGAGUUUCUAAUAAUGUAGUGAAUGUAACGUUAUUGGUGCACAAUAUGCAACACCAUAAGAGUCUUUAAGCAAGACUCUUAACACUACAUUCAUCUAAUUCUAAUAUGAUUGGCCAGGGAGUGUAUAAAUGUGCUAAAAUAUUUAAAAUACAGCCCAUGUUUCACGUAACCCCAAGACAUGCAUUUGCACCUGAUGCCUGAUACCACUGUUCCAUUUCCAAAAAUCUAUUUUUGAUAACGUGCAAUAGUGGCAAGCCAUUUACCCCAGUUAAUACUUGGCUACUCUUCUGAGAGCGUAACUGUAAGAAAGAUCAAGUAAGAAUAACACAUGAUCAUUACACUGUGGUUUCUUAUGUGUUAUCUGGAGCUAGUGAAAACAUUGGUAAAACGGGCUGUCAUCCUCCUGCCAUUUUUCUUUAUUUUAUGGCUGUAUUCAUCCUCUUCUGAGCAAAAUGCCAGAUGUAAAGAUGAACUAAAGAACGUGGUCAACUAAAAUUAGACAACCAUUAAAAAUACUGAAACAUUUGUGGGGUUUUAAGACGUUGUCAAUCUUUGCACUUUGCACUGUAAAUGGAAGUCUUUAUACAGUGGAAGGAGCAUCCACUUUAAUAUGUGAAAUACAGAGUGAUUUCAAAUAGAUUUGGCCUCGCCUUUUUCUCUGUGUGUGCAUGUGUGAUGUGUUUCCUAUUUAAUGUUUUGCUCCUGUUGACUUUACUAAAAGAAAUGGUUUUGCAAACCAAAGAAAAGACAGAGCUAUGCAACAGUCACCAAAAGCCCUUCUUUUAUAGUCAAAAUGGCCAUAAUG